GUGGCUGGCUACUGACGAUUUUAGCUCGGAAGAAGAAGGAAAGAAGCGAAGAAAAACACCAAAAACCACCCCCCGACGACAACGUCGCUUACGGCGGAGAAGGCGAUGGCGAGCGGCGGCCCCGGAGGAAAAGUUUCCUUUAAGGUUACACUGACUUCCGAUCCAAAACUGCCUUUUAAAGUUUUUAGCGUUCCUGAAGCUGCUCCUUUCACUGCUGUUCUCAAAUUUGCUGCAGAAGAAUUCAAAGUCCCUCCCCAAACUAGUGCCAUAAUUACCAAUGAUGGUGUAGGGAUCAAUCCUCAGCAAAGUGCAGGCAAUGUCUUUCUUAAGCAUGGCUCAGAAUUGCGUCUAAUCCCUCGUGAUAGAGUUGGAGCUCAUCGAGAUUUAGUUAACGUGAACUGAACCGCUUUUUUCUCAGAAUGAAUUAUGUAUCCUGCCUUAAAUACAGAUUCAUCUGAACAACUAGUUAGACACCCAUAAUUCUGCUUAUGAUGAUCUGCAAUGUAGAGAAAUACAAUUAAAGGGUUAAGAUAUCUUGUAUCCUGGAUAAUGGAAUAAAGUUCUUGUCCUUUAAAAUGUUGCGGAUAUUUCAUGGUUGUUUAGCAAA